CCCACGGCCGUUCUCAGAGUGCCGCUGGGUAGCCGGAUACUUUGGCGGAGUUUGUGCUAACUGCAAGUGGAAAGACCACGCAGCGCGUUACCCUAUACGAGGUCGGAAUGGUGAUGCUUCCCGUGGUGGCCCUCUCCGCCUGGCUCCUCGUGGGCCUGAUAGGGAUGGGUCGCGGCGUGGCCCUUGUUGAUCGACGAUGCUCCUGGGGCUACGUUCUACAACCCAAUUGUAUUAGCAUAUUUAUUUACAGUACGAUCGCUCUUUUGUUACUUUUUGCACUUCUUAGCAGUGGGAGAUGUCUGCACUGAUAUCGGUUUGAUCGAUGGCCGCUCAAAGUCUGUCCAAAACAGUUCCUUGGACAUGAGA